CUCCAAGACACACUCUCACACACACACUCCUCACAUGCUGCGUGUCAUGGUGGUUCCCUGUGCUUGUGUCUCUUCGGUGUUUCCCAGGAUAGGGGACUACUGAGCCUCAGUCCUCUCUCUGAAGAAAAAAUCAGCACAAAGAGUCUCUCUCAGGGCCUGGUUGUCUAUCCACCGAUGUUGAGAUGACCUUAUACUGAGUGGGUCCUAGCUUUUCAGUCCUACCACCAUUACCAUUAUAUUCGGGCAUGUCCUUGGACGCCUUAGGGCACUCUCCGAGGAGGGUGGCAAAGCCUCCUCCACCACCUGUGCCACCGAAGCGCUACCAGGUCAAGGACCUCCAGGAUCUCCCCCUGCCCCUCUCCUCUUCACCAGAUGCCCGAAAGCAGAGUGCCGUGGAACGCCUAGCCGCCGACAAGGCUAAAUAUGUCAAGAACCAACCAGGGGCCGUCUCAAAGGCUCAACCAAUCAAAGCUUUGCCUGUUAUGUGCACUUCCCACAGCUCUGGCCAAUCUCAACCCAGUCCUCAGAAGCCCAUCCGGAAGGUGGCACCCACCCCUGGGACUCACUCUGGGGGACCCCUGCUGGACAUGCAACACCUAACAAACCUGAUCAAUGGGGUGGAUGAGCCUCCAUCCCCCCCAGCCUCUCAGACGGCUGCUCAGCCCAUACGGAAGGUGGUACCCACCCCUGGGUCUCACUCUGGGGGACCCCAGCUAGACCUGCAGCACCUAACAAACCUGAUCAAUGGGGUGGAUGAGCCUCCAUCACCCCCAGCUUCUCAGACGGCUGCUCAGCCCAUACGGAAGGUGGCACCCACCCCUGGGACUCACUCUGGGGGACCCCUGCUGGACAUGCAGCACCUAACAAACCUGAUCAAUGGGGUGGAUGAGCCACCAUCACCCCCAGCCUCUCAGACGGCUGCUCAGCCCAUACGGAAGGUGGUACCCACCCCUGGGACUCACUCUGGGGGACCCCAGCUAGACCUGCAGCACCUAACAAACCUGAUCAAUGGGGUGGAUGAGCCUCCAUCACCCCCAGCCUCUCAGAUGGCUGCUGCCUCAUCCUCCUCACAGAGCAGCGAAGGUGGCAGUGGUGGUGGAGAUGAGAACUGCGGUGAGACCGCUACGCCCGCCGCUUCUACCCUAUGUACAGGGGCAGAUAAACUGCCCCCUGACAUGUCUACCGCUUCUACCCCCUCAGAGCCGCUAUCCCCUGCCUCCUCCUCUCUCUGCAGCCUGCUGAGGGUGGCACCAGACACCACCGGGUCACAGGGGGCUCCCGCCGUGACUGUGCGGAGGGUGGAUGUCAAGCCACAGAUGGCACAGGUGAGGAAAGGCAUGCGGGUCCCCCUGCAGAGCCGCAUGCCUGGACAGAGGCAGAUGCAGAUGCAGAUGCAGAUGCGAAUGCAGAGGCCAAUGGCCCACCAUGCACAGCCACAGUCGCAGGCACAACUCAUGUACUUCCGUAAGGCACAGAUGGCCUCCAAAAAUGCCCCCUUGGUGCCCACAGCUAGACUAUCCCUGAGUAACACUCAAGCAGUGGUAGGGGUCAUGGCUGGGGCCACCAACCCCGGCCAACCCUGCUCAACUCUCCAGCUAAACUCCAACGGGUGCCCCUCACCCAUGUCUCCGACUGCCCCCAUCCCUCCACAGCCAGGUUCAGCUACCUCUCAAAACUCCUCCACCACCCCUCCUGCUCCUCCCCAGUGCACCACGUCCCUUGCUGGCGACAAACCUGCUGGACAGCCCACACGCAUUGCCCCAGUGCCACCGCUGCCCUCCCCCCUGAGUCCUUUCCUGCAGGUCGGUGCCAACUCUCCUCUCCCGUCCCCCUGCCCGUCCAUCACGCGUCUCUCCUCCACCAGCUCCCGCAAGCGCCCCUCCCUCAGGCGCUCCAAGUCCGACGUGAGCGACUGCUUCUCGCGCGCCGACAUCGACCUGGAGCGCUUCUUCAACUACUGUGGCCUGGACCCGGCCGAUCUGGAUCUGGAGGAGCUGACCCAGGCUGGCUCGGACAUCGCCUCCGUCUCCCGCCUCCGCAGCGCCAGCGCACCCGCCUCCGAGUGCUCCCAGGCCCAAGAGAACGAGGACGGUGACGACAACGAAGGCGACACGCCACGUGUCCAGCGCAACCCCUAUGACAUCUCGGUCAUCGAGAGGAACGCCAGGGUGAUCAAGUGGCUGUACGGAAUGCGUCAAGUGAGGGAUACUGCCAGAGUCGCCAACAUCUAGCCCAGAAGACCGUCUCACCAUGCGCCAUGUUCAUAGUCAGCCACCAUAAACUUCAGCUUCUGUUUCGGACUUCGACCUUUUUGGCCACGUGCCUACAAAAGUCGUGUCAUUUUGUCUGCUCAAGACCUCGUCUGUUAAGGUGUAAAAUUACAUCAAAGGUUUUUAUUUUUCACUAUUUCUCUUUAUACCUUCACCUGAGACCAAACCUCAGCUCUUCUCAAGCAUUGCUGUAUCUAUUGAGCAGUAGAUGUGUAAAAACAGGAGAUCCACCAGUUAUUUAUUGUAAAAUUGUAGAUUAGUGGAUAACUGAUGUGUUGUUGGAGUGGGGAAGUGAACAGAGACUGUGAAUUGCCUUGUGUCUUGUGAUGCUACAGCUAGAAUGGAAAGUUUGGGGAUGUUAGUUAAAAAAAUAAACACUACAAGUUGGACCAUUACCACUUCUUUAAGUAAUACGUUUAGAUGCAGUGAACAUUGGUGUAUGUAUGUUUGUAAUUGUCUAUAGGCCUGUGAUUUAUAAAUCCACAUGAGAGUUUGUUGACUCAACUAGGCUACUCUCCUGCUCAUUGUUUUAAUGUGUGAUUUUGGGAUGUCAUUGUUUUCUCAAUCGCAAGGUCUAGUUGGACACGUGUGAUGUAUUGAGUGUGGUCUAUACAUUUGUGCAGUCUACGAUGAUUCCUUCAGACUGGCUAUGAGAUUUCAUGCAGUCUGUAAAUAAGUGUUGCAUGCUUAUGAAAUGGCUAUCAGGGCCAAACUGAGAUAAAGACUUGCCCCUUGAAAUAAAGACUUGAAAUAAAAGAAACUGAUAUAAGA